GUGGACCGUGGAGCAGCGCAGGCCGGGCUAGUCGGGCUCAGAGCUGGAGACUAUCUGCACUCAUCCAGGGAGGCUGAGCACAUGUUUCCAGCGAGACACUCUUCACAAGCUCUUAACCUUAUCUGCCUCUGAAACACCAAUGGAUCCGCUGAAAAUCUUUUGAAAAAACAAAGAGCAGAUGCAAGAAGGAAAAAAAAAAGAAAGUCUUAUGUCAGAUGAAAUCCAGCUAUUUUUAUUUUCUUAAUUUGACACAUUUUUGAGAAACCUUAUUCGGCCCAUUUACGAUGGACGUCCCCACGCCACCUCAGAUCACGGUGGAGGGGGUUGGUGUCUCGGCGUGUGGGUCGGAUGAGGACCAGCCAGCCGACGACCAUCUCCUGACCCUGAAGGCCUUGACGGAGAAGCUGAGACUAGAGACCAGGAGACCUUCGUACCUGGAGUGGCAAGCCCGGCUGGAGGCGGACACAUUCAAAGAGUCGGGAACCGGGCAGAACCCGAUUCUGAAGGAGCCUGAAGGGAAACCAGCUGAGACCAAGGAGGGCACGGUGAACCCUGACCUGAUUCAGUGCAAGCCGGCGUCCGGUGUUCUGAAAGGGUUUGGGAAUAUUGACGAGGCUCUCAGUUGGCUGAGGAGAGAACUGACUGACAUGCGUCUGCAGGACCAGCAGCUGGCCAGGCAGCUCAUGCGGCUCCGCAAUGACAUCAACAAGCUGAAGAUCGAGCAGGCGUGCCACCUCCACCGCAGGAUGCUCAACGACGCCACCUUCGGCAUGGAGGAGCAGGACGAGCUGUCCGACCUGCUGUUCGAAUGCCCGCUGACCCCGGGCCUCGGCCUCUCGGCCCCGCUGAGGCUCAUCGGCGUCACCAAGAUGAACAUUAACUCUCGCCGGUUCUCGCUCUGCUAG